AUGAGUCGACGUCGUCGAGCAUCGAUUCGACGGCUGCCGCCACGGAAACCCGAUACGCGCGGCUACUGUAGCGCGGCUUUUGGCCCAGCCGUACGCCUCCGGCAAAACAAUAACUGAACAACAAUCGUUCGCUAAUUGCUGGUAAUAAAAAUGGAAAAGUAGAGAAGGGUUGAUAAUGGAUGAACUAAAUGCUGAUGACACAUAAAGGUCAUGAAAAAAAAAGAAUGAUAGUGAAAGUGAGAUCUUUUCGUGUUGAAAAUGAACCAAACACGAGUGGAUCAAUGCGUUCAGGAGCUGAAAAAAUUGAGAAUCAAAUUUGGACUUUGAAAUGCAUGUGGAAAUUUUAGAAAUUACAGUAGGACUGUUAUGUGAGCACGUUGCUGCACUUAAAACUCACUAUUUUUACGCCAUUUAUUUUUAAAAAUAAUUUUUUUAAUUUUAUAAAACUUUUUAAAGCUUAAUUACCACCGUUUUUCAAUUUUUAAAAAAAUGUAUUAAGAAGUUUUUCAUAUAUAAUUUUUUUAUCUUUUUUUCAUUUUCUCAAUUUUUUUCAUGGUAAAAAAUUUUUUUUUCCUGCGAAAUCUUAUUGUUAUUUCUUAGAAUUUCUUUUAUUUAUGUUCUAAUGUGUGUAAAUCUUUUUUUUUGUAAAAUUGAGAGAUAUGAUUACCCAAAAAAAUUUCACUUUUUUUUAAAUCUCAUUUUUUUCUACUUUUUUUAAAUAAAUUAUGCUGCAAAAAAAGAUGUUUGAAAUCUUCAGGGAGCGAAAUCAGAAGAAACUUAGCCGCAAGAUAAAACCAUUUAGGAGUUUCAAUUUAUAUGUGAGUUUUUUUAAUUCUUUAAUUUCACCUCUGUAUUAUUUUUUUCUGGUCAGAGAAAAAGCAAAAGUUCUUCAACGAUUUGAAAAGAAUCUACAUGAAAAGAAAAUGAAAGGAAAAUGGUUGGUUUGAAGAUUGAUUUGUUUAUUUCUAUUCAUGGAUCAGCAUAGUCUGGGACAACUGAUUCUAAAAAAAAAAUAAAAACGUCAGUAAAGUUGUGUUUGGAACAAGAGAAAAUGCCCAGGACGUUCAUGGCGGUAAGGUCUUCAGAUGGAAUAAUCAGAAGAACGGUGAAGACGGCGGUCGCCUGCACCUGUCUCGAGGCCGCGCAAGGAGUAACACGAAGCUGAAGCACUCGAAAAGCCUGAGGAGUACGGUAGGACGGAGAGUGCGUCAGACGCAGAGAAACGCAGCGCCGACUGGGCGUAGCUGCGACGACACACGGGUGCAGCCGAAACGACGCGACCGACGAUGCUCCAGCACGCCGUCGACGACCAAGAGGUCCGUUCCAACCUGUUGCAAAUGGUUAUUUUGCGGAAUGAGCUCGUGCACGCUGCGGCGGCGGCUCGCUUAACGCCGUAUCAAAUAACUUUUUUCCGUCAGCUCUCCUGAAAGAAACGAAACUUUUUCCCCUCGUCGUCCCUGUAAAUUGAUGCUUCUUUGAUUUCAAAUUUGUCAUUCAAUAUCGCCCACCCUCCGCGCGUUUGCGAAGAAUAUCCAUUCAAAUGCACUCGAGCGCCGUCGCCGAGCCUUCCCUCAUGCUCAGGUAUCGCUCUUUUACCGCAAAAUGCUGCCUAAUUGGAAUAAUCGGAAAAUUGAUCUUCGGACUGCUUCUGGAAACUGUUUACUCGGAGAUUCUGAGCAAGUUUCCUUUUUUGACUGUUGAAUAUCGAAUUUUGUUAGAGCAGGUUUCACUUCAAGUCUAUCAUCAAAUUAAUUUUCGGAAAUUUCUUUUCUUCUGAAAGUUUUCCUCUCUUAUCGAAAUUGCAUUUUUCUAAUAAGAAAUUUUGAUUGUCUCAACUACUCAGAGCCCUUUUUUAAUACGGCUCAAAAUGGACUUUUCAAAAAAUCACGAAUGUUUUGUUUUGGAACUUUCGAUAAAAUGUUUUUCAAAAUUUUGUAAAUUUUCAAGUUUUGUUCAUUCUUCUCUUUUUUUAUCUAUUUUAAGAAGGUAAAAAGACUUCAUUGUAGAGUUCCAUGAUGUUUUUUUCUUAAAAAAAUAUGGCGCUUUUUUUAACUUUUUGAAAAAUAUAGUUAUUAAUUGAGGAAUAUUUCAAAAGUAAGUGAUUUGUUUUUGCUUCUUCACAAGUGUAAAGGAAAAACUGCUCUUAAGGUUCAUUUUGUGUUUAAACUUCUACGUAUAAGUUAGUCCCCAUUUUCUCUUUAUUUUUGUUAAAAUUUGACGGUUUGCUCGAAGAAAACUGAGCUUUGGAAUCUUCAGCAGUUUACCCAUUUAAUUUUAGAUAAUUUGAAUUACUGUACUCUAAUUACUCGAAAGUCACCAAUUUUUUUCACUUUUUGACUCGUCAACUCACUACUUUUCUUUGUGGAAAUCCUGAAAAGUUUUCAAAUUGUCGAAAACACUUUUCUUGACCGGCAAACAUAUCUCUUUCUGAAUUUUUGAGUUAUCGAAGAUUUUUCUUCUUUUUCUUUCGUUUUUUUUGUUGCAUAUCGAGUGCUCACGCAAUCGAUUUGGCAUCGGCGCAAAGUUUGUUUAGACGAUUUGCGCAAUUUGCCAGAAGCCCGUAAAAACGGAUAGUUGUUUAUCCUGGAAUCCAGGUGAAUGGAAGAUAUUUUUUACUGAGCGACUUUUUAAUUAACGAGCGGUUCACAGGCUCUCACAGCGAGUUCUAGAGACCCGAGCAAUUAACCUUUUCGUGUUUUUUCGCGCUCUUUUUGAGUUUCGCCGCCUUCACACGUGGCGCCGAGUCAUUAAGUGAAGUGCCUUGCUUUUAGAUUCUCAAUUAUUUUUUUGAUUUCCAUUAUGAAACGCUUUUCUUAAUCAUAGGCUUAACAAAAUUGUUCUCAAAGUUCGAAGAAGUCGAGAUUUUGUUACGUUUUAUAAAUUUAUGAUUUCGUUCUUAUAGAGAUGAGAUGGAACUAAAGGGAAAGGAGAAAAAACAUGGUAUUGAAGUAUUUUGGAACAGGAACCAGAUUUCGUUUUGAAGCAUUUGAAACAUUUUUUUCAGUUUUCUGAGAAGAUUCUCUGCUGAAUCAUGGAAUAAUUGAAGAGUUGUUUGCCGGUUCACAAAACUGUGGUUGAUCCAAGAAAGGCGCGUAAAUCAGUACGUCAUUUUUGAUAGAAGUAGACCAGUUUUGAAAAUUCCGACGUACAGCUGCUUCUCCAUGAGAAAAGAGGGUAACCUUACAGAAAGGUUUUGGAAAGGAAGCGGUAAGCUGCGUGAUUCAGAUCAUUUCGCGCUUUUACAUUGAAAUAAAAGGCACCUCCAAUCUUUCUUUAUAUUCCUUUUGGACGUUCCCAAUGAAAAGCUGCAACUAAACGUCCUCAGAAAGGUCGGAAAAUCGAUAGAGGUGCCGGUGUGAAUGGAGUGGUCACACCACACACGACGGUGGGCCUUUUGCUGUACGCGGCGACACCCGUCCAAGUUUGAAAUCGGAUACAGCGCGACCGUUGUUCGGCGGCUUCUCCGCGCCGUUCGUCGGUCGCUUUGGUGCCGCCACUAGGCCGAGCUUCUCCUCUGAAAACUUCCUUCAUGGACUUUCCUUCUCGAGCUCGUUUGUCUAUUUGCAUGCAGGCUGUCCAACACCUGUCAAGCCUUGUUCGCCUUGUUUGUACAAUGUUUGGCCCCAUACUGCCACUUUACCGUUUCGUAAGCUCACCCAGAUGGUGUAGAAUAAUUAGUGGAGAUUUUUUUUUUGAAAGGUUUCAUCGUUUUUUCUCUUUCUCUUGAAGUUUGCAUUUUCAUGUAAAGUUAUUAUGAUUUAACUUAAACGGGGAAAAUUUGUCAAAAUCGCUUUUAAACCGUAACUUCUUCCUUAAAGAAUAUGAAUAAGCAAAAUCUAUCAGAUCUUUAGGACUUUCAAAACGAAAAAUGCUAUAAAGGCUCUCUAAAUUACCGUAGCCGAGGUGACAGCUUGCUGGGAGAGUCCCUAAAUGGACAAGAAGCAUCUGCUCGUGUUGACAAGUUCUGUUGUGUCGUUGUUCGCCAAACACGGUCAUAUGCAGAAGAAAGUACGUCUGCCGACGUCCCGCUGAGGCCCUGGUUUCUCGCCUAUCGAGAUGGGCUAAUAACCGGCAGAGAGUCAUUGAGCGCCAGGUCUCUCUCUCGAUGAGAUACCAUGUUUGAAAUCGAAAAAGUAGGAAACGUUUCCCGCACUGAACACAACGGCUCAGUUUUGCAAUUGUUAAUAAGAAUAAACUCACAAGAGUGGUUAUUUUUGUUUGAUUUUUCAAUUUUUUUGGAAAAUGCGCUCAAAAAUUCUCGGAAGGUGUAGAUUGAGAUUUCUUGUAGUCGCUACCUGAGUAAAAAUUCUAACUUUUGAGAAACGAACUUGUGAAGAUCAUGUUUAAACAGAAAUACGCCUGAAGUACGAGUUCUAAGCGUUAGAUUCGGGAUAUACAUCUCUUUUCUUCGUCUUACCUACGAUCUAAAACUAACCACGACUAUUUUCAGCUCAAGCCGUUAUUCUUGUCCAGCACGGACGCGUCGCAGAACCUCACCAGGUUAUUCGAAACGUCCUCAAAAGGGAACUUUCGCCUUGAUUGCAGCGACUCGAGCAGCUCGUCGGUCUGGUCGGUUCUGCCUUCGGCCGACGUCGCCAAAGACAUGUCGUCGACGUUGGCUGCGUCGACCGCCGCCGGCACUUCCGACAGACCUGCUUCGGGCAUCGUCAGCAUAACUGACGCCGCUGCCGCCGCCUAUGGUAUGAUUUUGAAGCAAUUUUUAAUUUUUUUUUUUUCAAUCCCGCCUUGUCUGCGUUUUCAACAUUUUUUUUUUCAUUAUUUGUCAGAAAGUUUGAUAGCUGUUUUUGUUAACCGUUUAGAAAGAUUUUCCUCAUUUAAAAUAAAGGCUAUACUACCAUUUCCAAGUCUUUUUUUCAAGCGCUUCAGAGGAAACCAUAGUGUCAGAUGAAUGAAAAAUAAGUAGUUUCUCACUGUUGACGUUCAUUUAAUAUUUUUUACCAGCUCUUUAAUGUUUUAAAUAUAAUUGUUCAAAGAUUUUUUUUGUUGAAAAUUUUACCUUUUUCAAAUCUGGUCAGCACUGACAAGACUGUACAUGUAUUUUCGGUAAGACGGCUCCAAAAAUUUUCAAAAGGUUUUUGGUUUUAACAAUGGAGGUCAUUUCACUUUGCGGUUGGGAUCUUCCCCCAAAUUGGCCAGAAAAAUCCUUGAUGUACCAGAAAAAGAUUCUGAAAGUCUAAACCUGCACAACUUCCUCGUUUUCGGGAAAAGACGCCUCAAAGUCGAAGAAAACCUUCAAAGCCAUAAAAAAAUAGGCUAUUUUGAGACUUUAGGCCCUUAUUCCUCGAAAACUAGGAAGUUGAGCAGGUUGAGACUUUCAGGAUCCUCAUCUGCUACAUCAACAAGUGUUCUGGCCAAUUUUUAGGAAAAUCCCUACCGCAAAGUAAAAUGACCUCCCGUGUAAGGUAACACUAAUGAUUCAGUUUUCUCGAAAGCACCCUUUUUUGGAAAAAAAAAUUGUAAGAAAUCAAAUUGACCCGUUUUAUUAUUUCAUUUUUGAAGUUUCUCUUAUUUCAAGCAAAUCCACAGUAUAUAUAUAUAUAUCCUCGAAAGCGUGAAGGAAUAUUAUUCUUGGAAGGAACGGUUGUUGGGGUGCCUGGAUGCAUGUUGCGCAACAGACCACUUAGCACACGUUCCAAUUGACAUAGGCGGUCCAAUCGCGGUGUUGGAGCCCCUUCGUCUGCCUCUCCAUUCCGGCAGCGCUAUUUCCACUCUGACCGCCCACCGGUCCGGCAGAUCACCGCUGACCCACAGUCUCUCCCGGCUCCCCAAAUCCUCUAUGAGCAUUUGUUUUUAUUGCUUCCGAUCGUUCCGCUUAUUAUUUUACGAUGCUGUCACUCAAGCUUGUCAAUCACUUUUUAUUUUGUCAAUUAUUACUUGUUUUUUCACAAAUGAUAUCGAAUGAAAUGACGUUUUUACCAUUGACUAGAGCUCAUAGAAACUGUGAUUUUUCAAAAAAGGCUCUCAAAAAGUUGGAUAAUGAAUCAUUCCAGUAAAAAGUAAUUUCGAUCAUUAUUACGACUUUGUGAAUCAAAAUCGUUCAUUUUUCAAUCCUUAAAUCAAUUCGAAAAUUAUUUCGUUCUGUAGAUGCGUUUUUUGAAAAUAUCUCACUUAUGGUCCUCUGAAGAGUUUUUUUUCCCCUUCUGAAUGAUCUUGGUUCUUUUCAUCAAUAGUCUUAUUUUAGACGGUUCGAAUACGAUAUCUCUCAUUUUUUAAAUUUCAAAAUAUUGUAAUUCCGUUUGUCUGGCCGGAUUAAAAAAAAUCAAACUUUUGACUUUUCCCUCUUUAGCAAAAAAAGUUAUAGAGUAAAGUUUGCCUGAAAUUUUUUUAAUAAGUCGUCUGAAUUUAUUUAUUUUUUUAUCGGUCUACGUACUUUCACCAACAGUUGAAUUUAAGAAAGUUAUCCUUAAAAAAAUAAAAUUUUAUUUGUAAAUCAUAAAUGGGCAGACCAUUUUUUUUUUGACCCCUCCUCCCGAGUUUUCGUAAAUUAAAUCUAAUACUACCUCCCUGAGGCUAAAACUUAUAUUUUUUUGUGGCCGAAAAAUACUUCCCGGAGAUCAAAAAAAUGAUUUUAUUUUUUUAUUUUCCAAAAAUUUUUUUGUAAGCGAAACCUUUCUCUGGUCAUCUAUGUUUUUAAAUUAUCUUCGUUUUUUUGGUCGCUCAAAUCUAAUUUCGUAGCUCUUUUUAGCAACAGGGCUUACUGUAUUUUUUUAUUAUUGAAACCUUAAACUGGAUUUUUGCAAAAGAAUUUUGAUUUUCAAGAUGAUAUUACAGGCCAGAACGCCUACUACAACACGACGUACCCCACGAGCUACAGCAUGUACGCGAGUUCUCCGGCCACCUACUACCAACAGGUCGCCUCAGGACUGCGAGCCCAAAAUGCAGCCGCCGCCUUCCCCUACAGCUUCGCUGCCAAUCCGACCGCCUACUACGGUAACUACCAUAUCUCUCUUCUUUUGUACUUUCUUCUUUCAGGGGGCUCCUACGGCGUCGACUACACGGCGUACAACAAUCAGUACUACCAAGGCAUCCGAUCCGGAUACUAUCCCAACCCCUUGGCCACUCCCGCCGCUGCCUACGCGGUAAAUUUUUCAAUUUUCUGAGAGACUUUUGAAACUAUCUUUGAUUGUUCUCAAUGAACCGCGAAGUUUUUGAGAAGAAAAUAAUGUUUCCAGUUUUUUUUUAGACAGGACGGGUUUCAGUAAGAUUUUAUUUAAAAACUAGUAUCUCAUUUUAUCAUCCUCUAUAGAAAUUCCUUCUCGAAGGUUUUUUUCGGCAUUUAUUUUUUUACUUUAACGAGUUAGAUGAACUUAUUAAUUUUCACUGAAAAAAAGAAUACUUUUUGGUUUUAAUAAAGUUGGAUAAGAACUAAUAGACGCGCAAAUUUCCUGCCCGAUUUUAAAAUUUUUGAGGCAUUGGGUCAGCUAAUUUUUAGUUACUCAGAUUUUAGGCUCAAAUAUAAAUAUUUCAUAAAGAGAAUCUACAAUUACUCGUCAACGAAAAUCGGACCUUUCUGAGAAUUUCUAGGGAUCACUUAAGAGUGUUGACGCUACUAAAGUGGUGACUAAACCUUGACACGCCCGAUUCGCGUUAUCAAUGUCCGAGUAGUUCUAAUUUUUAUAACUAAAGAUAUCUAUUUGAGAAAGGUUAGGUUAUAAGACCGGAGCUAGCUGGUCUCAGCCAGAGGAUCUAGAAGAAUUUCUUGGAGAUCAAAAAAAUCCAUUCUUCAGGUCCAAUCGGCAGCCUCGCUCUCCACCGCAUCCGCGACAUCAGCCGAUUCUCCAGCAGUGGAACUCCCGUUUUCGCUGAAGGCCGAGAAGAAGUGCAAGGCGAAGAAGAAAAAGACAGGGUCCUGCUCGCCGGGAGACGUUCAGUACGCGCGCGUCUUCAUCUGGGACGUCGAGGACAUCUGCAUGCUCUCGCGCAACUUUUUCAACCAAGUCACUCAAAACUCCAAGGUUUCUCGCUUUCUUCUUCUUUUCCAACAACUCUAUAUUCUUUAGUUUCUUCCGUACGUGGCUCCAGCAAUGUUGUUGAAUCAACUAGUCGAACGAGUCGUUUCGUUGAGUUUCUCAGAACACGCUGAGGUGGGUAACUGUUCUUAUUUUUCAAAAGUUUACCAUUUUUUUCGUUUUCAUGUAUAUUAUUUUAUGUAAAAUACAAUAUUUAUAUUUUCCUCGGAAUAUCGAAAAAACUUUUUGUCUGUUAACUGAUGAGUUGAAAGUUCUCCCGUCUUUGAGGUGCUUUUGGUGAUAAUUAGUUUCCUGUUUCAGCUGGUAACUUCCAAUUUAACAGAAAUAUUGCUGAACGUUUUUAACUCUUUUUUGCAGUACAAAAAAUAUCUCUCAGUAGAUCUUGUUUUCGAGUUAUGAAGCUUCAAAGUCUGAAAAAUACGCAAAUUAUGACAAAAAAAAACGCUAUUUCAAGCUUUUGAAACGUCCUAACUCGAAAAGCAGAUCUAUUGCGAGAAAUUUUUUUUUGCACUCAGAAGGUCCUAAAGUUCUUUUCAACAAAGUUACAUCAAAAGUUCAACCACGGGAGUAAAAAGCGUUCCCUUGGGAAUGAAAAAUGGUUUUCGAAGUUUCUUACAAACAAGUACAUCUUCCUACACUACUCCAAUAUCCUUUCAAUUUUCCAGGAAUGCGAUCUGAUGAACAUUGAAGACGCGGCGAUGGAGGAAUCUCUGACGGACGGGUCAAUAGUCGACGCAAGGUUGGACCAAGUUGAGGGGCCCAAGCAAUUGGUUGACCUUACAGGGGCGUCGACAUGAUGCGACGUGUGGCGAGCAAAUAUCUCGCCUUACGAGAACUCUACCAGGAGUGCGCCGCCAAGCAGAAGGCCGACACCUACUUCAGCUAUGGUCAGAGGCUUUCCAAUAGAGUUCCGAGUCGUCCUCUCGACUUGAAAUGAUCAUUUGAAAGAUUAGAAACGAACUAUCAAGUUAAUUUGAGAACAUAAACGAGUUUCGAAACUAUUGAAUUUGUUGAUUUGAGGCAUUUUUUGUAAAAUUUUGAGAAAUAGGUAAAAGAAAAAGUGAAAAUAGUAUUUAGGAACGCCAGAGUGGUUCCUGUAGGGAUGGUCCUAAAGUUUGCUCCUAUAGGGACCACUCUGGAGUUCCUAACUAGUUACAAAGCUAUUUUUCUUCAGAACGACUUUGUUCUCAUUUUUUAUAAAUCUCUGACACCACCCACUGACCAGGAGUUCAGAACUGCUGGAUAGAUGCGGUCUGUCAGCACAAGAAGAAGAACUCACCCAGGCGGCGCAGCAGAUGCAGUCGUUGUUCAGCCACCGAUGGCAAGCUGCCAACCGCUGCCUCGACCUCGUCACCCAACGGUUCGGUUCCCUCUGUUGCCUCCCCCAUAUGACGUCAUUCGACAGGUCGACGGAGACGCAGGAGAAAUACGCGAACGUGGUGACGUGCGGCGAAGGCCUCGUUUCGGGAAUCGUUCAGUCGCUGGUCGCCGGCCAUUCCGCCGCCGUUCCCAUUGACAACGUCUACUCCACCUCCAAGAUCGGAAAGGUUUCCUCUUCAGAAAAUCAUUAGGAAAAGAUGGUUCGAUUCAAAUUUUGCUGAUAGAUACAAUCAAAACUUUUUCUGAUCGAUUACUCUUUACAGGAAGCGAUUUUCGAGAAGAUCCAGGCAAGGUACGGGAAAAAAUGCAGUUUUAUUUGCGUCACGUCCAAUCACGAUACUUCCAAUAUAGCUAAAAAGGUAAUUCUUGUAACUACGCAAAGUUCAUCCAAAACAAUUGUUCAGCUAUCGAUACCCGUCUGGCCAAUCGCCUCGAGCAACGACUUGGAGAAGCUUUUCACUGCGCAGCGGUUGUAUCUCCUCGGUUGAAAAUAUUCAUGUGCUCAAUUAUUCUUCCAAAAAAUAAUUUUUCCAUCUUCGGGUUUCUCGUUUAAUUUCUCCUCUAGCGUUCCUUGUUCAAUUACGCUUAACACAUCUAUAGUUUUUCGUUGUUGUACUCUUAAUAAAUGCCUAAUUGCCAUAAAACUGACAGUUUUUUUAUUUAAUUAUUGUGAAUACAUGUUAUCCAGUGGAGCUUAUGAAAAAUAAAUUUUGACUCACGAAAGUUUCGAGCUGAAAUUAUGGGUUCAAAGUGAUAUGAAAUCUAUCGGCUAUAAAGUAAGUCGCAGCAAGUUUCAGUCCGUAUACCGAAUUUGACCACAUUUCGCUUCAAAACCUCUGUUUUUUGUCUUUUCCGCAGUUUUGUAGAGCAAACGUUUGAAAAAAACUGGUUUUAUAUUAAAAUAGAUCCUUUUUGAGUAUUCAACAUAGGUCUAGAUUCUCUGGCUGAGCUAGCUCCGGUCUUAUAACUCUACCUUUCUCAAGUAUGUAUCUUUAGUUCUGAAAAUUCGAACUACUCGGGCAUUGUUAACGCGAAACGGCUCCGGACGUUUCUGGGCAUAAGUAGUGCCUACUUUAGUAGCGUCAGCGCUCCCAAGUGAUCUCUAGAAUUGCCCAGAAACGUCCGGAGCACGUCCUUUCCGCAUUACCAAUGUCCGGAACUCCUUGAGUGACUCUGAGAAUCCUCGAUAGAGCGCGUUUCCCUAUGUAGAUUGAUUGACUAGGUGCAUAAUCCUUGCACAUAAUUUUUUUUUCUUCGUUUUUUGUUUUUAUUAAUAUUUACUCAUCGAAAAAGAAAAAAAAUUUUCUGAUUCAUAAAACGCAGUUUUCUAUAAGUUUACAUGCAAGUGUUCAAUAUUGCAGUCUUUAUGUGCGCGUCCCUGUUUUAGAAAGGUAAUGGACUGCAAAAUUGCUUCGAAACCGUACUUAUUUAUGUUUUGGUACAGUUUUAUUGAGUUUCAGAACGCUUUUCUUUUUUUCCGAUGAACAUGUCAUAGAAAAGUAGUUGAUUGAGUCAAAAAUUUUAAAUUCGCAGGCUACAAUUGUAUAUAAAACUCCUCUCCUCUUUCUAAGUAAAACAAUUUCGAGAUUUUCCAUGGCAUUUGUAUAAAGUAGAGAUUUUUCUGUACUUUAAUGUGAAGUUUCGCUCUAUUCAUCAGCGUCUUUAUUAAGAGGGUCUGAAAUAUAUUUAAGAAUUUUUAAAUUUUUUUUUCAGCAACUACCGCAGUCUCGUCAGAAGUUUUUUUUUUGUCGAUUGGAUCGCCUUGGACGAGCGGCGAACAAUCACUUGAUCAGGUAAGCAAAGGAAGCUUUUUGUAUGAGCUGCGAAAUUAUAUUCCUACAUAAAAAUUUUUUUAGAAAGUCUUUCAAAAAAGUUUCAAUUUCAAAGGCUCAGUUACAAGUCCUCGUAGAAACAAAAAAAUUCGAGAAGUUUUGUAGAAAAUGAAAACUAUUAUUUCGUAGUUUCUUGAAAAUUUUAGCCGCCGUUCCCUCUGCAUAUCACUAUUCUGGCAUAAGAAAGACAUUAUGAUAAUCUAUUGAUAGAUCAGCGUGAACCCUAACGACUUCACUUGUUUCUAGACAUUAAGAGAGUUUUUAUAAAGAUUUAUGAUGUCAGAUAUAAUUCGUCUGAGAUAAAGUGGAGAAAUGUCAAAGUGCUCAAAGAGGUCCGAGUGGUUCAGAGGUUGGAACUAACAAAUAUCUUACGAGUAAAAAUCGCAGUAUAUAGUAAUCUAGUUUUUAGCACAAAUCAGAUUUAAGGGGAUUGUUGGAAAUUUCAGAGCAGUAUUCCUAGGUCAAGGAAGUAAGCAAAAUUAUUUUCGUAGCAAGAGGCAAGCCCAAAAAGAAAAAGCAUUCAAAUCCUUGAAAAUAUUCUGGGUUAGUACUAUCAUCUAUACUUCUAUCAUCUUUGAAAGUAAAUCUUUUUCACUUUCAAAAUUUAAAUGCUUUUUGUAUUGGAUUUUUGUAGGACAAGGCGAAAAUGGUUGAACGAUCGCCACAAGGUUCCUUUUUAUCAAUUUUUUUUUCAUUAUUUUUUUUUCAGUUGGCGUCACUAAAUAUCUCGUUGCGAAAACGCCUUUACCGAAAAUUACGAGUGAGUUCAUUCCGCUCUUAUUUUUUUUCCUAUGGACUAGUUAAAUUGUUUCAGCGGUCCUGAAGGAUUUAGAAAACAACAAAUAUCAUAUUUUCUCCAACGAUGAACGUUUAUUAGUACAGUCUUCGGUUUACACAGAACGACUUUUCGAUUUCGAAGAAGUAUUUUUCGGGUGAAAUUUCGAUUCAGCUGCCUUUUUUCCAGGCUUUCAUUGUUUUUGAGCCUGGGCUCAAUGAACACAAUCAUUUAAUAGUGAAGAAAGUAGUUUUCAUCAGCGAAGGUCGGUUUUUUUUUUUUCGUUUUUCAACUUUCAAAUCAUCGCUUUUUAUUCCACUGAGCCAAGAAAUCAGAUUCAUCUAAUUUCAUAAUCAUCAUCAUCAUCAUCAUCAUUUAUUCAAUACGAAUAAUAUAACAGUUCAAGGACCAAAAAGACCUCUAACAGAACUAAUUUUCAAAAAGGGAAAUUUAAACAUUGAAAACAACAAUAAACCGUUUAAAAUUUAGAAGAUGUUUUAAGAAUAAUCGGUUAAGAUUUUCGAGCGAAUGAGUACUUUUUUUAUGUUCCGAUAUUUCAGAUCAAAAAAAGGCCUUUGAAAAGAAAGAAGAGUUGUCCGCACAAGUUCCUACCGUCACAGCCGAGCCACCGCUGCGAGUAGAAGCUCCAAAACUGCAGGUCGAAGCUCCACCAAAACAAGUGGUUGUCCAAAGAAAAACUACCGAAGCUGUUGUAACUCAAAAACUGCCGUCGGAACUUUGGAACGAGGAAAUAAGCCGGAUCUCCAAAGGAUCUUCUGAACCAAAACCGAGUUUGUCGGCUCAAGCUGCGCCGAUCGUAGAUUCUCAGCUUGACACCACAAAUAUUGCUCCUCUGUUCACGAUCAAUUCUGAAGCAUCGAGUCCACAAGUUGAACAGACUCCACCUGAACCCUUGAAGGUGAACAGCGAAAGGAACCAACUUCCAAACCGGCAGAACCAAAAUGAAAGCGAGCCGACCAGAACCAACAAGUUGGAAAAUGUGACGAUCAGAACUAUCGGCCCGAUGAGGAAGUCCGCUGACCACUCCGUCAACACCACGGACGAGCGCCGAUUCUCGAAUCGUGCUCCAAUGAACAUCACUUUCAGCAGCGCUCUGCCCCAGAAUCUGGAAUACACAGGUAGAGCGUUGCCAAGUUCAGUUGGCAGUGUAUACUUUGCGAAAGCAGAUCCCCGCGCCGGCUUUGAGCAACUGCAGCCAAGCUUUAGUCCGGCACGCUCAUCAACCCCGAUUCCAACCAAGAAUCUUUCUGCCUCCGCGACUUAUCAGCCUCCCUCCAAGCCAACAGCUAGCACGGAUUCUGUCCUCCCAGAAAAAUCCAGCACAUCUGAAAGCUCAACGUCGAAGUUCGCUCUGCCGCCGGCUACGAAUCCAGUCUCCUUUGUUGGUUUUUCCAAUCGUCAGCAGAAUAUCGUUGCCAAGCCCAUGUUUGGCGCUUCGGAAUCCGACGCCGACUCCCUUUUCAACGACACGUUGAAUACGACGCUCGGCGAGGAGAUCCGCAAGAUGCAACAGAUUUAUCAGCAGCCAACGCCGGUUCCGUGCGAUGUCAUUCAGUCGGCAAUCAGUUGCGACCUGGUAAGCCUAAUUUUUGCGGGUUCAAUAAUGAGUCGAAAAAGAAAAGAAAACUUGCGGAGAGAAGCUAAACAAUUAAAAACUAAAAACUAUUUUUUAUUAUCAUCGUUUUUUUCAAAUAUAUAGUCUUUAUGCCACGACUUGAAAUUUCACGGAACGACAUUCCGCUGUCGAGAAGUGUUCUGGUCAAUUUUAGAGAAAUCACAACCACAAAGUGAAAGACCUUCCUGGUGAUUUUUCUGACUUUUGUUUCAGGAACGCAACGAGGCAGAGAUGGACCCAUCGUUUGAAGAUAAAAGGCAAUAUUUGUAUGAGAAGUAGGUGAAAUACUCAUGAAAAAAUGGAAAAAAAAGUAUUUCAGGUAUGAAUUUUUGGCUCGCUCCGUCGUGUAUCCGUUUGCCGUCGAAGGGUUUGUGACUCGCUCGAAAGAACAAGGAAAGGUUUGCGAACGCCGAUCCUCCUUUCUUCAUUCCUGUAGACGUCUUUUUGAAUUUCAGAUCGACUUGUUCACUCAUCGUUUGGGAAGGCUCACCCUCAACGAUUUCCAAAUUCGAAAAUCAUACACCUACGGCUACCUUCUUGUCGAAGGUCCAGGUGUUUAUACAGGGGUAGCAGAAAGUUAUAUUUCCGAACAAAUUUUUCUGGCUUUUCAGGCCGAUUUCUACAUCUUUCCACCGGGCUUGAAGUCGACCAAGUUCGUCAAAGGAGACACAGUGGAGUGUCGCGGAUUCGGCGUGAUGUCUUACGGGAAACGCAGCAGUAGCGAAUCUCAGUGGUUCCUCUGGUUUGUAGCUCUUUCUUUAUUCCUGAUAGAGGUUUCAUGGCGUUCUCUAAAGAUUUUUUGGUAAACUACAUUUUUAUUAUUAUUAUUUUUUUCUGAUUCUCGUAUUUCUUUGGUCUAUGCUGGGGCAAAGACGGAAUGGUGGAUAAUGGCCGCUGAAAGGGAGAGGCUCAAAAAAGGCCGCAGAAAGGCAGCAAAAAGAGUCCCUUCAUCGAGUCUUUCAUUUUUCUGGGAUUUUGAGACUCAAGAAAUAAGGAAAAAGGGAGAGGCAGCAGAAAUGGUGCAUAAGAGCCGAUGAAAUGGCGCAAAAGGGCAGCAAAAAAGGAACCUUUGUCACCCUAAAAGGAAAAUUUCCAUGGACCUGUGUGUGAAUUAAACAAAAACCUUUUCAUUUCUUUCCAAAAACCAUCGAAGACACGUUUUAACGUUGCUUGAAUAAAAUUAUUUAUUUUGUUGUUUUAGUGAUAGAUGAAAUCGACUAGGCGAUGAACAAGAACUUUUGAAGCUAUAGCGAACCGCCGCGAACUAGAAGUCCAAACGUGUAGUUGAUCAAGUUGAAAGCAUGGUCAUACGGUACUUCGCCUCUUCCUUCUGCGCCUAGUCCAUCCAGUUGCACCUUGAAGAGCUUAGAAUGUAGCGGCUUUUGUGCUGGAACUCGGAGACCGUGCUCUAGGUGGAAGCCUCAGAAUGAGAGCCCGGAAUUUUAUUUUUAGAAAUUUUAUCUGCCUCAUUUUCAGGAGCGACCAUGUCGGUCUUAUGCGUUGUCAAGCCGGAUGCGCCCGAGAUCAUUUAAAGAAAUAUUCAGAAUGGGAACCGACCUCUCAAGUAUUUUCUAUUUUUUAAAAAGCUCAGCCAAUUGAUUCAUUUGAGCUCAUGUCUUUCGUGGCAGUCAUUCAUGGAGACGGAAUGUGGGAAGUGAAGACCAUUUCUCAAGUUUGUCACAGGGAAGACGAACAGGUUUUUAUUAAUUUCUAAUCAGUCGGUCAAUAUGGGAAAAAUGAAAGAAUGGAAAUAUUGGUGAUACGAUUCAUCAGAGUAAUUAUUUCGGAGUUGAUGUUUCAGUUGAUGUUUUAUUAUUUUCUUCACUCCUAUCUCAGCUAAAAGUUGGAAAGCUUCUGCUUUCGGUUCCUCGGAAACGUUUGGAAGCUUUCCAGCAAGUUGUCAAACGUCUUCCACUGAGCUUCCCGGAAAAAAAGCAUUCUAAAAGCGUCCCAGCAGCUUUCUGGAAGGCUUCUGACAGACCUUUUUCAUUUUUUACCUUCCAAAUAUUUUCCGAACGCCUUUCAAAGACUUGCAAAGGCUUCCCAAGACAUUGUGCCUUCUAUUCUUUUUUGAAUACAAAUUUUUUUCGCUUCGGGAGUUCUCGCUUCCGCAUUUUUUUUUCCUGUAAUUUUAUUGCCUUUGAUUACUUAAAGCACUGAGAUUUUGAAUUUUGAGAUUUUCUAGACUUGAGAUUUUUUCCAUUUUCAAAUCUGUGUCUUCAUGUUAUAGUCAAAAAAAAACUUCAAUUUAAUAAGACUUUCAGGCGAACUUAUGGCCGGUUCAUGCAUUGUUUUUGGACGACUUGUUCCUGGAAAGAAACUUGGUAUCCCGGUUUUCAAGCGCUCUGGUGAGAUAGUUUUCUUCCAGUGCGGCUCUUCUACGGUUUGUUACCGUUCCGAAACACUUGGGGAUUUCGUCAACAUCGAUAUUGGUCUGCUUUGUGAACGGUCGAGGAAUCUCGUCUCGGCGUUGGGGGUAUGGUUCAAUUGUUUUGAAUCUGAAAAUUCGUACAAAACUGGCCAUAUAGAUAUUUUUUUUUGGCUAUAUCUUUGCUUUAAACGGUCAGAAUCUACUGAAACUUGGAUAUAUUGUGCACAAAAACGUUUUCAAUAGAUUUACAUGAGCUCAAAACAAUUAAAAAUGUUGGCUCCUAAAAACCGGAAUGGGCAAAAUUCUGGUUUUUCAACUUUUAAUAACGUGACUUCUAAGAAAAGCUUCUUAUUGUAGCUGAAUACCGAAAGUUCCACAGCUUUUUUGCUUCCAAAAAUAAUCCAUUCCAAGAAAAAUUUAUCGCGUAAAUUUUUCCAAAAAGGACAUGAAAAUAAUGAUAUAUCGUUGUUAAGAGUCGUCGUUUUUAUUAUGGCUCGACCCGAAUUUUUUCGACCCCCCAAAACUCUCUGAAAAAACAUAAAAGAAAGUCAAAGAGUAGGAUGAGAAUGGUUUCAGGAACAUACAUGAUAUUUUUCGAAUUUUACCGACCAAUUCAAUUUUUCUCCAAGUUUCGAUGCAUCGAAUCAAUCGACUCUUUUAAGCUUAAAUUUUUGAGAAGAUGAAGGAGAUUUUUUUCUGCGAGAAUGAUGGUAACCAUAUCCCUCUCUUUCAAGUAAAACUAGCUUUUGGAAUGUUUGACCCGUCUGACGACUGUUCCACCAUUUCUGCAAGUCUCAGUUUGGCAUUUUUUUUCAAGAAUCAUUAGAUUUACAAAAAUUCUUCGAAGCGGUACUGACUCGAGCUAGUAGAAUUUUGAAUCUAGAAGAAAAAGCUUCUUUUACAUACAAUUUUCCCCAAAAAUUUACAUCAAUUUGAAGUUUUAUGCUGUUAAAACAUUGUUUAUUGUUCAAAAAGAAUCAAAUUCAAGAUCAGUGGCUUUCUUUCCGAAUAACGAAUUUCAAAGAAAAGAGUUGACGAACCCUAAUUUCGCCAUUUUCGGUUUUUUUGCUAAAUUUUUCCUUUUCAACAGUACUGUAGUUCUACUAACAGGGUAUCGUUGUACCCGUAUACACCAGCUUUGGAACGAGGCGAUAUUGGAGGGCUUUGGAUGUAAGGAGACUUGAGGAAUGGCAGCGUCAACCGUAUUUGGCGGCGUACAGAAAACUGCGUCCAAACACGGAUUUGUAUUUGAAACGUCUAUUCGCUUCCUUCAUUCAAAACUUAUACUUUUCAAUUUUAAGAUGUCAAUGGACCGUUUUGA